AUGUCUUCGCGCUAUUCAUCUCCAAACUAUACCGAGGACAAGGCAACCUUUGAAACUGAUAAAAGGGAGCAGAUCGACAAGAACUUACCCAAAAUCAAGCUGGUGACGCUUAGGGAGUGGCUGGCAAUUUGGCUUUGCUUGGACCAGUCAAGGAGGCUGCGACGCGCUCAAAUUACCUUCAACGAUUGCCGCCCGCUGAAUAACCAAACUGUACAUCAACUUGCGGAUGUUGACUCAAUGAUUGGCGUCGUUCCAAGAAACAUGCCUUUGAUUCCUGUACCCACUCUCAAGACUGUCAAGUAUUACAUGAUGAGAAGCAAAUUGUAUACUCUUACCUCUGACCUCCAUAUUGGGCCAGUCAAAGUAUUGAUGGAUGACCGUACUUUACAUACCACUCACCAUGUUUUGCUUUGA